AUGAGCGCGACAGCAGCACACUCGUCUCGACGGAGCAGUCGACAUAAAGCUAAAGAAGAAGCAUCUGUCAAGGAGGAAGAAUCGAACGAUCUCACGGAAAUUUCCAACGUCCAACUCGUUCGCGAGGCGAUAGAAGAAGACCCAGACGACAUCAAUUCGCCGCUCCGGUCGAUGCGAAAUUUAGAGGACGUGACGAUGACGUUUAACACGAAUAAUAUCAUCAAAGAGACAGACAACGCGAAGAAGACGAGAAUGAAAACACCAAAAACGCGAUCGACGAAGAAAAAGACAAAGAAACGAGAAGAGAAAGUGUUCACAGAGCCUCCGUUUUCUCCGCUGAUGACAUUGGAAAAUGAUGAUUUUGAUGUCAAAGGGGAAGGAAGGAAGGAAGAAUUUAACAUGCCGCCGUCGACGCAUAAGCGAUGGACGGACGACGAUAAUAAGUCUCCGAGUGUUGUCGUUAAACAUCAAAACGAGACUCCUGCGCGUGGCAUGAGUAACACAGGUGAAGAUGCGGGUGGGUUCAAGUUGGAUUUUUUGGAUGAUGAUCACGCGGUUUUGAACGGCGAGGAAGAGGAAGAAGUGGUCGAAGACGAGGACGGGACCCCGAAGGAAACGCACGAGAACGUGGACGCGACGGAGGAGAUUUUGGCGAGAGUGAAUGCGAGAAAUCUGACGUGGCAUAAACAGCCGGAACAGGCGAAGUUUUACGGCGGCGUCGUGGAGUUUGGGCAGCAACAGCCGCAGAUGAUGGGGACGUUGAUGAGCACGCCUGGAUUUCACUCGCACGCUCAGCAGCGCUCCGCGGUUUUAGGCAUACCGCCGACGCCGUUGGCGAAUACGGCGGUGCCGUGGCCAAACGAUCACACGAACGAAGGCAUGAACACGGAGGCGUUUUUGAACGGCAUCGCAUCGUUUCAAGGCGGGUUUAACGAAGACGAUGCGAACUUUGCGAGAGGGGAAGGACCGUUACCUAGGACGCCGAUUUUUCAACACCAACGAACGCCCGCGAGCGGAAAUGGAGGAAGCGUUGGCAAUAUUCGCACGAAUUUGUAUACUCUUCAUAAUCAACACAGAGACGCGAUGAUGAUGAAAACGAACAACAACGAACGAGAGAAACAUCAUCUUCCGCCAUCUUCGGACGAAAAGCUCUCCGCGGAGCUUCGUCGAACCAAAACGGAAAUUUUGGAUUGUCAAGAUCGACGAAAACGGUUGCGAGAUACGCUGAUCGCGCUUCGCGAGAAGGAGGAGAAAUUGUACGCAAAAGCCGCGGAAAUGCAAAGAGAAUUGCUGCGAAGAGACCCGUCGAAAGCAAUAGAGCUCGGUGGGGCGAGCAUUUUCGAAGCGCUUCCUCCGUUAGGCGACGACUUCGACGUUUUGAGGGAAGAGAAAGCGGAAGAGAAGACGAAGGAGGAGCGCGGCGUCGCCGCGGAAGUCAAAGAAGAAGAAGAAGAAGAGCUAACGAUGACGACGGCGACAAAAAACUCCGAAAAAGAAGAACAAGAGACAAAACAAAACCAAAUGGAGGAGGACAGACGAAACGCGUCGAGAGCGUCGGCGAGCACGUCCACUCGCAAAUUCACCUCCAAAAUCUCACAAACGUACGACGUCCAUCGAAGCGUCCUUUCGAUGCAGUUUCUCGACCCAUCUUCUUGGUUAGACGGCCAAACCUCGUUACUCGCGGCGUCCGCGGACGACGUUAUCCGCCUUUACGCUUCGGACAGUCGAAAACCGUUCGCGUUAAUGCGCACCGAGAAAGGUUUGAGCUGCGUGGGUACAACUUUGAAGGAUCGCGUUGCGUUUUGCGCGACGAAGUUUGGCGGCGUCUCGCAAAUCGAUUUGGCGACUGGAGAGAAAAUAGGCACAGUGGUGCAAAAUUAUGAACAGCUCAGAGUGAAUAAAAGCAUCGAGUGCAUGGCAACGUCGACGACGACGGGUACGGACGAUAAUAUCUUGGUCUGCGCCGGCGAAGGAAGCGCCAUUCGCGUGUGGGAUGCGAGAUGUGCCAAUUUUGGCGCCGCGCCGUUGACGUUUCACGCGCCCGGCGCUCGGAACGUGAGUUCAGUUGCACUCGGCGGCGGUGACAGUGGGCACACGACCUUACUCGCUUCCGCGCCAACCAGUGGUCUCUUCGCGUUCGAUUUGCGCGUCAAUUCGAGCAGCUCGAGUCCGGGAGAACGCGGCGGCGGCGGCCAAAUCUCGCGUUUGUCCGUGCCAAACUUUGAGAAACAACCGAGAUGGGUAAACGCAAAGUUUUGCGCCGCGAAUGAAAUCUUUGCCAUCGCGUGCGACGGCGAUGCGGCAACGUUUGAAGCGUCCGGUGAAUUUAGAGCCACUUCGGCGUUUGCCGGCGUUUCGGCUCCGUUCCAAAUGGCUUCUCCUUCGUCCUCCUCCCCGUUCUCUUCCGCCGCUUCAAAGUCGUUCGUCAAAACCGGCGGCAUCUUAGAAACCUCCGCGGAUGGUGCACACGUCCUCGUUUCCACCGGCGAUAUCGGUAACGGCGUCCAGUGUUUCAACACGUCCACCGGUGCAGUCGUUGCCUCGUGGGACGUUGGAUCCACAUCGACUUCUUCGCCAAUCUCGUGCGCCUGUUGGGGCCACUUUAACGCCUCCGCGAAAGAACCGUUCGGCAAAGACGCGUUCGCCAUCGCGGACACGAAAGGGAGCAUCAAAGUCUUCGGGGUUUAA